AUGCUCGGGCGAGAGGCGAUUUCGGGCUCUCACAGACUCGGUCGUAGAGCGAAUCCAGAAGCUUCGACUGGCCGUACUUCAGCUUACGCAUUUGGGGAGGACGGGGACGGUGGCGAGCUUGUGGCGGCGCUCGUGCGGGUGGUGGAGGAUGACGAUUUUGGUGGCCGUGGGCAGCGGAGCUGGAGGAAGGGUUUGGCAGAGGCACACGCUUGUGGGGCGGCCGCAUCCGGUGGCGCACGUGCUCCGUCGCCCUUUGGGGCGGUCGCUGGAGGAGGAGGUGGUGGCGUCAGAAUUGUAGCCUCAUCUUUACAACAGAACCAAAGAAAAAGCAAAAAACAAAACAACAAUGAUUACGGGGUUUCAAAACAACCUUACAAAAACUGGGUAAUAAGAUGUGUUAGUUACCUAAGCAACUCGUGGCUGUCUCGAUUAUCCUUAGAAAGGUUUACUGCUAUUGACAUUGGAAGCAGAGAUAAGAAGUACUCGAGAGAUGAAGUAUCCUUUGGAAGAAUCUGGAACUGGCAACUUGAGCAAGCAUCCGAGUGGAUUUUCGCACUUUUUUCCCGAUUGUCAAAGCUGUUAAGACUCGAGCUGUUGGGUUCCUUUAGUGGGCUUUUGCAAACAACACAAAACGAUUCUUGGAUCAAUGAUUCGCUACGUGAUAUUUGGCAAGAUGGCCCACUACCAAUCGAUAGACAGUCACGAAGUGGAAGCAUCACUGGUACUUUCCACCUGGCAUCGACAUACUGUAUAUCUGCAGCUAAUGAGAAACCUUGGCCCUGGAAAACAAAUUUGGGACGACCAAAAACUGUUUCUCUGGAGGAGCUAAAUUUGAAACAACCAGUCUCAUCUCAUCAAGGGAUCUCUCGUGAUCACUAG